AUGAGUCCCUUUCGGAUCGUCUAUGGUAAGGCAUGCCACCUUCCGGUGGAAAUUGAGCACAAAGCCUAUUGGGCAGUAAAGCGGUACAACAUGGAUUUGACCCAAGCUGGAGUAGCCAGAAAAUUGCUGCGAGGGGAGCUCGAGUGUUUGAGGAACGAAGCGUAUAAGAAUGCCCAGAUUUACAAAGAAAAGACUAAAGCAUUCCAUGACCAUCACAUCCGGAAGAAGGACUUCCAAGAAGGUGAUGAGGUUCUCCUCUACAAUUCGAGGCUUCGUUUCAUGCUUAGCAAGCUCCGCUCUAGAUGGGAAGGAACUUUCAAGGUUAAGGAGAUAAUACCCUAUGGAGUGGUGGAGUUUUUUUAUCCUAAAAGUGAAGCAACUUUCAAGGUGAAUGGACAUAGAGUGAAGAAGUAUUAUGGCUACAAGCUCCCAAAAGAGCUAGAGGUGUUCCUGUUGGCGGAUGCACCUAGAGAAGGAGAAGUUUGA